AAUUUUCGUCCGAAAGCCAUCGCCAUGUAUUUUACCCCUCGGAUUAUAUUUUUUCUAUGUUUGUUAUCGAUCUCUUGUUGUACCUUGUGUCCAGAAUUUUUGAGCGCGUGUUUUGAUGCUGGAAUGAAACACGUUAUCGGAACCGAAACUAAUUUAGAGGACGUGCAAAGCAGAAUUUCAGGAUUAGAAAGAAGACUGAGAGCAAUUGAACAGCCAGUCUGGCAAAUCAGAGGACGACUUGGCGAUUGGGAAAUUUGUGCCGAAGGACCCUGUCGCUGUAUUCCUGAAACAAAGUCUUUGUCUUGUUGGAGAUUCGGCUUGAUGGACAUUCCACCUACGCAAUUAGUACCUGAGGAUGUCUUAAAAUUGGAUCUGGGAAGCAAUCAGAUGACUGCGAUACACAGGGAUACUUUUUUGGAUUUGAUUCAUCUUACUUACUUGGAUCUUAGCAACAAUUUCAUUGAACAUCUGCCUCUCAGUUUAUUCUUCUCGCUGCACAGUCUGACCCAUCUCAAACUCAGCAAAAAUCUUCUUCGCGAAUUACAUCAGAAUCAAUUUCUGCGUAUGCGGCAUCUUCACAUCGUCGAUAUUUCAUUCAAUAAGCUACGCACUCUUCCGGAAGGACUAUUUCUAACCAAUGGCGCCCUAGUCGUACUGGAUCUCACGUCCAACAGAAUUUCAACUUUAACAUCAGGAAUUUUUUUAGGUCUACGUAAUCUCGAGGAACUUCUACUUGGAAAAAAUCACUUGACGUCAUUGCCAUUAAAAAUCUUCGACGAGCUCUACAAUUUGAGGUCAUUACGAUUAGAUGAAAAUCAUCUUCAAGCAUUGCCAUCGAGUCUCUUUCAGGAUCAGAUAAAUCUUCAGGAUCUCAAUCUGCGUGACAAUCGUCUCACAGUGAUUGAAUCUGGACUGAUGAUGUCACUGUCAAAAUUAGAGAUCCUGGAACUGUCGACCAAUCGUAUCGCUCGAAUCGAUCCAGCCGCCUUACAGGGUCUUACGUCUCUUAAGGAAUUGCAACUUGGACAGAAUCAUAUAAAAAAGAUACCUCAAGGUCUCUUUCAAUCGGUACCAUCGUUGGAGCGAUUGAUCCUCUAUGCAAACGGAAUAGAGACUUUGUCGAAUAAUGAUUUUCAAGGAUUGUCAAACCUGACAACCUUAUUUCUCCAUGCAAAUCAUUUAAGAGUUUUGCAUCCUGACGUUUUCAUGGAUACUCCAAAUUUGAAGAAAUUGCAUCUCGAGUCUAAUUACCUGUCAUACCUACCAGCACGAAUACUCGACGCUAUGAUUGACAUUCAACAAUUGCGUCUUGCACGAAAUCCGUGGCACUGCGACUGCGGUGCGGCGUACCUUGCCAUGUGGCUUCGCAAACGUUACCUCGCACACCUUAAAAAUCUUCACGUCGCUAUAGAAGACGCGACUACGAGUCUCGAGGGCGAUUCCAACUUCUGGGAAUUCGGCGGUGGCGCCGUCUGUCGCGGCCCGGGAACACUCGGUGGAAAACUUUUGAUUCAGUUAUCUUUUCACGAACUAUGCGAAGGCCAAUGGGCAUCGAUGCAGGGAUUGGUUCCUCGACUGCCACUGGAUACUAUCACUACGAUUGCAUCCUACUCCGUACGUCGAUAACAAAAUUCCAACGAUUCAAAUGUCACCGACCAUUUUAAUGACUAUCCGCUAAUUACGUCUAUUUACGGUACUAGAUAUAAGAUUUUCUAAAUGACUAUUGAUAAGCAUCCCUAAUGGUAAAAUUUUUGAAUUUUUAUAAAAUUUCAAUGAAUUGUCAUCAACGCUUAUUAUUAUUGAA